AUGCCGAGACGCGGUCGCCUCGGCGGCCACCGGGUCAUCAUCGCAUCCCUCUUUCUUCCGGAUACGCUCCACUUCAGCGAGCCAGAGCUCGACUCGGCCUUUACCGAGUCGCCCGAGGAGUCGACCGCGCCGCCCUCGCCCGACUCGUGCCUGCGCGAGCCACCGUUGCCGAUCCAUGAGCUCUCCACGCGCCUCGCCGCCUCCAUGAAGGACGGCCGCGGCAGCGGUGAUCACGACGUCGUCCGCCCCAAGUCGACCGCCGUUCCAAAGACACCCAAGCAUCGCCAGUCCUCGUUCUCGGACAAGAAGAUCAACAUGAGCGAGCUGAUGUACGAGGCCACUGCCUUCCCCAAGCUCGACGUCAAGGGCGACGGCAGCGUCAGCGGACCACCUUCGCCCAAGGGCAGGUCGCGUCGGGGCUCGAUGUCCGAGCACAGCCUGACGACUUCGGACAUCCCCGUUGCCCCCGCCUCCGACCACGGCCGCUCGGCCUCAUCCAUCGAGGCCGGCAGCAGCGCAGCCCGUCCGACCUCUCCGCUGCCGGGCGCCAAGGGUUCGUUCGCACCCGUACCUUCGGGUCAAAAGAGCCGCAGGACCAGCUUCAACACUACCGGACCAUCCGGCCAGGCCCUCUCUCAGAACCCAACUCCCAUGGAGGGGCCCGGAACGCAGACGCCCGGCGCUCAGGCGGGCGGGAGGCAGGGCAUGACGAUGCCCUUGAGCAUUAUCUCGGACAUGGCGGCAAAACGAGGUGGUCCGAUCCCGCAGGUGUCGACGCCCGGGGACAGCGAACGACACCACCCAUUCGGCUCGGGAGCGGUCACGCCGAUGGCGGGUGCGCAGACUCCGGGUAGCGCCAAUCGUCCGUCGUUUGGGACGACCCGGAGUUUCGGUGCGCUCAACCCAUCGGCCCUGAGCAUGACCAAGGCCAACAACACUCCUGGCGCCAACACAUCGGGGCCCUCGCGCCCUGGCGGCCCUUCGUCCACGUCUGCCAGCAAACAGCAACAGCAGCAGCAGCAGCAGCAGCCUCAGCAGCAACUGCCUAACUCGGGCUCGUCGUCGUCCUCUGCCAAGCCGCCAAGGCCUUCGCAGCUUGUCCGUGCCGCCAGCGCCAAGCCCAGCAUCUCGCAGUUCGAACAGGUGCAGGGCGGAACGUCGAGGAGGUCCGAGGGCUUGCUGGAUCAGCCGGGUCGAUUGGCGGAGGACCGUGAUCGCUCGGGCGGCGCGUCGCCUUCGCCUUCGGCAAAACUGCGCAACCUCAGCAUCAGCGGUGCGAGGAGUGCGCACGGCGCCUCGUCUGCCUUCGGCCGCAACCGCAGCAUCCGCGCCGCGCCGCGCAUCCGCCACGGCGUGCGCGCGUCCUCGAAGAGCAGGUCGGGCCUUGCACGGAGGACCUCGGCCACCUCGAUGGAUACCUUCGCCGACAGCCCCUCUGGCCUUCCCCCUUUCGAGUUCGUCUCGAACCCCGCGGCCAACGGCGGUCUCAUCAACGCGGUCCGCAGCAUCGAGCGCGAGAAGCUGCGAGCCGGCAAACUCUACGUAGGCACGGUCGGCAUCGACACCGAGGGCUGGCUUGGCCCAGCCGAGAAACGCGAAGUGGAGAUGCGCUACCGCAAGGAGAAGAGCUCGGUACCGGUGUGGGUCGACGACGAUGACUUCGACAGCAGCUACAACCAGUUCUGCAAGCAGAUUCUCUGGCCCACCUUUCACUACACCCUGCCCACAUCCAAGGGGCUCGAGCACGAGCAGGAGUCGUUCCGGGCCUACGUCGAGGUCAACCGACGCUUUGCCGACGCCAUCGAGGAGGCGUACGAGGAGGGCGACAUUGUCUGGAUCAACGACUACCACCUCCUGCUGGUGCCCCAGAUGGUGCGCGAGCGCCUGCCGCACGCCACCAUCGGUCUCUUUGUCCACAUCGCUUUUCCGUCGAGCGAGCUCUUCCGGUGCCUCAGCGUCCGCGAGACGCUGCUCAAGGGCAUGCUGGGUGCCGACCUGAUCGGGUUUCAGACGCACAACUUCUGCCGCCACUUCCGCCAGACCGUCAGCCGCAUCCUCCAGCUCGAGGCAACGCCCAAGGGCAUCCAGCUCGACGGCAGCUUCGUCGCCGUGUCGCCGUUCCCGAUUGGCAUCGACGUCCGCAGCCUCAACGCCAAGCGGCAGGACCCCGAGGUGCAGGAGUGGGUGUCGAAGCUGCGCGAAAAGUACUCAGGCAAGCGCAUCGUCGUCGGCCGCGACAAGCUCGACUGGAUCAAGGGCGUGCGCCAGAAGCUGCUGGCGUUCGAGACGUUCCUCGACGAGCAUCCCAAGUGGGCCGGAGAGGUGGUGCUGAUCCAGGUCGCCCUCGCCACGACGGAGCAGAACGAGGAGAUUGGCGAGGCCACCGACGUGGUGGCGAGGAUCAACAACAAGUACAGCUCGCUCACCUACCAGCCCGUCGUCUUCCUCCACGUCCAGGACAUCACCUUCAGCCAGUACCUGGCGCUGCUGACCGUGGCCGACUGCUUCCUCGCCACCAGCCUGCGCGAGGGGAUGAACCUGACCUCGCACGAGUACGUCGUUUGCCAAGAGGUGCGCCACCGGCCGCUGGUGCUGUCCGAGUUCACGGGCACCUACUCUGGGCUGCGCGCCUGCAUCGGCAUCAACCCCUGGAACACCAAGCAGGUGGCCAACGCCAUCCACAAGGCGCUGACGAUGGACGAGUCGGAGCGCGUCCAGCGGUGGACCGACCUGCACCGCGUCGUCGUCACCCAGACGGCGCAGCACUGGAUCACGUCUCUCCUCGGCCACCUCGAGCGCGCCCAUCUCGAACAGGAGCGCCUCGAGAACAUGUUUGUGCCGCGCCUCGAGGUCGCGCAGCUCGUCUCCGAGUGGCGCGCCGCCAACUCGCGGCUGCUGCUAAUCGACCUCGAGGAGACGCUCGUCAAGCUCGACCCCGCCAUGUUGCGCGAGCAGGGAUGCUUCGAGCCGCCCGAGUGGCUGGUCAAGCUGCUCACCGACCUCACCUCGGACGGCAAGAAUGUCGUCUACGUGCUCAGCGCCAUGGGCACCGACGACCUCUCCAAGCUGGUCAACGCCGUUGAGAGCGUCGGCUUCGUCGCCGAGAACGGGUGCUUUGUCAAGCACGCCCGCGAGACCUACUGGAACAGCCUCGUGGCCGCCUUCGACCUGCGUCCGAUCCGCGACAUCCUCAACUACUUCACCGAGCGAACGCCCGGCUCGUACAUCGAGGAGCGCGGCGCGUCGAUGUGCUGGCGCUUCUGGAACGACGGCGAAGACAGCAAGACCAACUCGCACGAGGCGCAGUGGGCGCGCCGCCAGUCGGCCGAGGUCGCCAACCUGAUCCACGAGCGCUUCUCGCACUCGCUGCGUGUGAUCCCCUGCAAGACGAGCUGUCUCAUCAUGCCCCGCUACGCCAGCCGCGCCUCGGCGGUGCAGCACAUCAUCAUGCAGAUGAGCGUGCUCGGGACCCCGGCCUUCCCCACUGCCAGCAGCAGCACCUCGUCGCUCGCCACACCCGGCGCGGCGCCCUCAGCGGUGGCGCAGCGCCUGCCCGACCAGCCGCACCACCUCCCCCUGCACCACCCUCCGCUCGAGUCGGCCUACAAGCAGCCGUCCAACUACUGGCCGGCACCGGGCUCGACGACGGUGAACUCGUCGCCCGUCCAGCACCCUGGCUCGCGCCAUCGAGGCUCGAUGUCGCAUGGCGCGCACCACGGCCACCACAUGGGACAGUUCGACUUUGUGCUGGCGCUGGGCCAGGAUGAGAAGUUGCUGGCCUACGUCAACACGCUCGACCUCUUCGCGCCCGUCACCUGCACCACGGUCGACCUCGACAAGAACCGGGGCACCGAGGCGGCCUACUUCCUGGCGCCCGAGGAUGUGCGCGAGGCGCUCGAGGAGAUCAUCAACUUCCGGGCUCGCGACCUCAAGUGGGCGCAUGGAUGA